AUGAGGAGUCGAGUACUUCGUGAUAUAAAAGCUCGUCAGGCAGUGGCAGAUAAUGAAGUCGUUCGACAAGCAUUCAAGUUUAUUACUAGAAAUGAAACAUUACCUGCUAGAAUUCGUCAUCAAGCUCAACUUCAAUUGAAUGCUAUGCCAAAGAAUACUUCACCCACUUAUAUUCAUAACCGAUGUGUCGCUACUGGACAUGGCAGUGGUAUCCUUCGUGAAUUUAAACUAUGUCGAUAUCAAUUCAGAGUAAAGGCUUUGAACGGUGAGCUUCCUGGUGUGAAGAAGGCAUCAUGGUAG